AGUAGCAUCGGCUGCUAGUGCACUACGCUCCGAGUGUAGGCGUUUGUUUAUCACUGUUUGAGCUCACUAUAUUCAGUUGUGUUUCGCUUACAGUACACCAUAUCGUAGGUUUGGCCGCUGGAGGUCAUGGCUACUCCCGAGAACGUCGCCGGUGAGGCACGAGACCGGCCGGAGCCUUCCUUCCUCCGGGAGGGCAGCCCGAGCUCCGUGGACACAGACACGGCUGUCAUCUUGCUCGGAGCCGGAGUCACAGCAAUCACACACCCGCUGCUGUACGUCAAACUCCUCAUACAGGUGGGACAUGAGCCUCUAUCCCCUACUGUGGGCACCACCAUGUUUGGGAGGAAGGUGUUGUACCUGCCUGGCUUCUUCUCUUAUGCGCAGCACAUCGUGCGUAUCGAUGGGAAGAGUGGGCUUUUCAGGGGUCUCUCUCCGCGGAUCGUGUCCAGUGCCAUCUCCACUGUGGUGCGCAGCAGGGUCAAACAGGCUGUUCCAGCCCAGGAGGCAGAGAGUGUGCCCACGAGAGACGACCUGAAGACAUCACUGAGGAAAGUGAUGAGAGAGACCUCCCAGGAGAUGAUGAUACAGUGCCUGUCCAGGAUAGCAACUCACCCCUUCCACGUUAUCUCUGUGCGCUGCAUGGCCCAGUUUGUGGGGCGGGAGGUCAAAUACAGGGGUCUGUUCAGCAGUAUUGUGAAGAUCUUCCAGGAGGAGGGGCUUGGCGGCUUCUUUGUAGGCCUGGUGCCCCAUGUUCUAGGAGAGGUCAUCUUCCUGUGGUGCUGUAACCUGCUGGCUCACUUCAUCAACACGUAUGCAGUGGAUGACAGCUUCAGCCAGGCCCCCGCCGUCAGGAGCUACACCAAGUUUGUGAUGGGGAUCGCUGUGAGUGUGCUAACAUAUCCAUUCAUGCUGGUGGCUGACCUGAUGGCUGUCAACAACUGCGGUCUCGCUGCUGGGCUGCCCCCCCACUCCCCACUCUUCAAGUCCUGGCUCCACUGCUUCAAUCACCUCAGCCAACAGGGUCAGCUGUUCCGAGGUUCCAGCUUCUUCUUCCGCCGAGUGCCUGUGACCGCCCUGACCGCCCUGCCGGUUGAUUAGCCCCGCCCACAAACACUGGCCCCGCCCACAGAUACUGGCCCCGCCCAGCUGAGACGGGCCCGCCCUGUGUCUGGAGAAGCCACACCCUCUCCCUGUGACAUCACCUGAACUUUGACCUUUAACCCCUACUCUGAUUAAUAACAAGGUGCUCAGUCCUUGACCCUUGACCUUUCAUUGACCUUGACCCUAGCACGUGCUGUGACCCCUUCUCUCAGGAAUAACCCCACAUCUACCGAGCGCCCUUCUCCUCUGUCUCCUCUUCACCUCUAAUCCUCCCUCUCUUUUUUCUUCACCUUUAUCUUCAUCCCUCUCUCCUCUCCCUCCCUUCUCUUAUCUUAUCCCUUUCUCUCUCCUCUCCUCUCCUCCCCUCCUUCUCUCCUCUCCUCUAUUCUCCUCUCCUCUCCUCUCCUCUAUUCUCCUCUCCUCUCCUCCCCUCCCUCUCUCCUCUCCUCUCCUCUAUUCUCCUCUCCUCUCCUCCCCUCCUUCUCUCCUCUCCUCUCCUCUCCUCUCCUCCUCUCCUCCUCCCCAUGUGUAUGUGUGUGUGUGUGUGUGUGUGCCACCUCCAUGCCCUCCCUGCAUCAGUGCCACUCCUCCAGUCAUCAGUCGUGCCCGCUGCAGUGCCCUGUAGCACUAGCGCCCCCCGGUGGUGUGGCUGGCAUAUGUACCCACAGCGGUGCUGUCUGGUCCUCUCGCAGGGCGGGUCUCACCUCUGUUCUGUUCUGUUGUGUUCUGUUCUGUUCUGUUCUGUUGUGUUGCCGUAUCGUUUGAUCCGUAACAUGUCCAACGCAGAGUUGCUUUGUAGUGAGCUAUUUAUCACAGAGUCACUUCAGUGUGGACUCCCAUGGACUGAACACAGUCAUCUAACUCAUGCUCAGUUUACCGGCUGUUGCACUAAUUUAUUUAAAUCUUUAUUACUGAAUAUUAUUGAUUUGUUUGAUCUUCCACAGCUUUAUUUUUAUAUGUAUAGUUUUUAAUCUAACGUUUCAGCACUUUCUUUAAUCUAACUCUUCAUCUCUCUCUUGCUGGUUUCUUGUAAAAUGUUCAUGCCAAAACUUUUUUUUCUACUCAUCUGUUUUGUUUAGUUUCAUUUAGUGUCACUGCGUUUAGUUUGUGUGUUUGCUGUUGUCCUCCUGUGGAGCCCAGAGCAGCUCCAGCAGUGCCCAGGGCUCUGUCCCAGGUCUGUCCCGGGUCUGUCCCAGGUCUGUCCCGGGUCUGGCUCAGGUCUGUCCCAGGUCUGUCCCAGGUCCUGGUUUACACCUGGUCUUGACCUGCAGCUGGUCUGGAUUUAGAUUGGAUCUGAUAGGGAUCUGAUAGGGGUCUUGACCUGAUCUUCGCCUGAAUCUGGUCUUGAUCAUGCCCCUUCAUCUGGCCCAGGUGUGUGCCAGGUGUGUGUGUGCCAGGUGUGUGUGUGCCAGGUGUGUGUGUGCCAGGUGUGUGUGGCCCAGGUGUGUGUGGCCCAGGUGUGUGCCAGGUGUGUGUGUGCCAGGUGUGUGUGUGCCAGGUGUGUGUGUGGCCCAGGUGUGUCCCAGGUGUGUCCCAGGUGUGUGUGUCCCAGGUGUGUGUGUGCCAGGUGUGUGCCAGGUGUGGCCCAGGUGUGUUGCUCAGGUGUGUCUCAGAGUCGGAUGCCUUAUGGGUCUGCUGCAGUAGAUGUCCAUGUAAAGGCUUUGACCAGCGCCAGCACCAUAGAUGUUGAAAUGAGUCAGAUCACAUUGAGUGGGAGCACAUGGUAGUGUGAGCAUAUCUAUAUCUCUAGCUCUAUCUAUAUCAUGGUAUGGAAUAUAAAUAUAAAUUAUAUAUAUAUAUAUAUAUACAUAUAUAGGUGAUGAUUCCUAAAUAGAGUUCUGUGAGUGUGUGUCCCCAUAUCUAGCUCAUAUCAAUAGUCACUACAUUCCCUAUGCGCUGGGAUGGUUACUACGGUGAUGGAAUGAGGAGGCGAUGAUCCUUUAGCAGAGUCCAUCUCAGAGCCUCUAGUGAUCGUCUCCUCCGUCCCCUAAUCUCCUAAUCUCCUAAUCUCCAGCCCCUACUCCCUGUAGCACCUCUGGGGCCAGAUUACGGUGGGAUCACACACAGAUUGCAGCCAGAUUAGGCCUUAUUACGGUGGGAUCACACACAGAUUGCAGCCAGAUUAGGCCUUAUUACGGUGGGAUCACACACAGAUUACAGCCAGAUUCGUGCCAGAUUACGGUGCUUGAUCAUGGCUGUCAUCUCCUGUCAUGGAGGGCCAUUGUGUGUUGGAGACA